CAAUCUCGGUAGAGACCCGUCCGGCACCGCCUCUACGUCCUGACCGCUCCGCCGGCGUGAAUCCCGGCCCGCGGAAGUCGGGCGCGAUGGCCGACCCAGCCCUGGCGCCGGUCACGCGGCAAGUCAGCGGCCGAACCGCCGCUGCCCGGGACCCCAGCGGCCUGGAAUACCGGCAGCCCCUGGCGGCCGCCGUGGCCGAGCUACCCGUGCUGGACGCGUCCGGGAGGCGGGUACCGUUCGGCGCGCUGUUUCGGGAGCGCCGGGCCAUCGUGGUCUUCGUGCGGCAUUUCCUGUGCUACACCUGCAAGGAAUAUGUAGAAGAUCUUGCCAAAAUCCCCAAGAGUCUCUUACAAGAGGCAAAUGUCACCCUUACAGUGAUUGGACAGUCAUCCUACCAUCAUAUUGAGCCUUUCUGCAAACUGACUGGGUAUUGUCAUGAAAUCUAUGUUGAUCCUGAGAGAAAAAUAUAUGAAAGAUUGGGAAUGAAAAGAGGUGAAGAAAUGAUCUCCUCAGGACACAGCCCCCAUAUAAAGUCAAACAUACUCUCGGGAAGCAUUUCGAGUCUGUGGCGGGCAGUGACUGGCCCUCUUUUUGAUUUUCAAGGAGAUCCAGUUCAGCAGGGCGGAACCGUCAUUUUAGGUCCAGGUCACUACAUCCAUUUUAUACAUCGUGAUAGGAACAGAUUGGAUCACAAACCCAUCAACUCUGUUUUACAGCUUGUAGGAGUUCAGCAUGUGGACUUCACAAGCAGACCUCCGGUUAUCCAUGUGUGACAGUACAGACUCCGCCACUUUCAGAUGGAACCUUGAGAUACGGCCUUGUGUAAUAUCUAAAUUGUUGGCUCUUCACAGCCUUUGAGGAGUUACAAAAACAUAAAGAGACAUGUACCAGUUGAUUUGCAUUUUGAGAAGCACCGAUUGUCAAAAAUGUGAUGUAUAUUUGUAAUCUUAUAUCUUUUAAAGUUUUAAACAAAUAAAAUUUUAUCUUAACAAAGUAAAACUUUAAAAACUAUCAAAUUAUACAUACCAUUCUUUAUAUUAUGUUAUAUCUAUUGAAUGAAAAGGGGCUUUUUUGGCCAUGAAAACCAUAAAUCCUUAUAAAGAACAUAUAAGGGGGAGGUUAAGCAACUCAGCACCAUUUUAUCCAGUGGAAAGGUGAACAGG